CCCAGGAAGCCGCACGGGGUGAAGCGACAUCACCACAAACACAACUUGAAGCAUCGCUAUGAGCUGCAAGAGACCCUGGGCAAAGGUACCUACGGCAAAGUCAAGAGAGCCACGGAGAGGUUUUCAGGCCGAGUGUGUUUGAGAACAAAGAUAAGAUUGUGAUCAUCAUGGAAUAUGCCAGCAAAGGAGAGCUGUAUGACUACAUCAGUGAGCGGAGACGCCUCAGCGAGAGGGAGACCAGGCACUUCUUCCGGCAGAUCGUGUCUGCCGUGCAUUACUGUCACAAGAAUGGCGUGGUCCAUCGGGACUUGAAGCUGGAGAACAUACUGCUUGAUGACAACUGUAAUAUUAAGAUCGCUGACUUUGGGCUUUCCAACCUGUACCAGAAGGACAAGUUCUUGCAAACAUUUUGUGGGAGCCCACUCUAUGCAUCACCCGAGAUUGUCAAUGGCAGGCCUUACCGGGGGCCAGAGGUGGACAGCUGGGCCCUGGGCGUCUUGCUUUACACUCUCAUUUAUGGAACAAUGCCCUUCGAUGGCUUUGAUCACAAAAACCUCAUCCGACAGAUCAGCAGUGGAGAGUACCGGGAGCCCACACAACCCUCAGAUGCUCGGGGACUCAUCCGGUGGAUGCUGAUGGUGAAUCCUGACCGCCGGGCCACCAUCGAGGACAUCGCCAACCACUGGUGGGUGAACUGGGGCUACAAGAGCAGCGUCUGUGACUGCGAUGCCCUUCCCGACUCCGAGUCUCCGCUCUUGGCUCGGAUCAUUGAUUGGCAUCACCGCUCCACCGGGCUGCAGGCUGAGGCUGACGCCAAGAUGAAGGCCAAGCCCGGGGCCUCGGAGGUUGUGUUGGAGCGGCAACGGUCACUGAAGAAGUCCAAGAAAGAGAACGACUUUCCCCAGUCUGGCCAGGACUCAUUGCCUGAAAGCCCAUCCAAGCUGAGUUCCAAGAGGCCCAAGGGCAUCCUGAAGAAGCGGAGCAACAGUGAACAUCGCUCCCACAGCACUGGCUUCAUCGAAGGCAUCGUGGGCCCCGCCUUACCAUCCCCUUUCAAAAUGGAGCAAGACUUGUGCCGGACUGCCAUCCCCCUCCCCGGCUCCCCCGAGGCGCAGGGAAGCUCAGGGAAGCUCAGCCUCAAACAGUCUGCCACCAUGCCCAAGAAAGGCAUCUUGAAAAAGACCCAGCAGAGAGAAUCUGGUUACUACUCGUCCCCAGAGCGCAGCGAGUCCUCAGAGCUGCUGGACAGUAACAAUGUGAUCAUCAGCAGUGGCCUCUCCUCCCCUCCCCCAGACCCAGCCAGGGGAACGUCCCACAGCCUGUCCUGCCGGAGGAAGGGCAUCUUGAAACACAGCAGCAGGUACUCGGAUGGUGCCACAGACCCUGCCCUCACCGGCCCCGAAAUACCCACACUGGAAUCCUUGUCGCCUCCCGGUGUCCCCUCCGAUGGCAUCUCUCGGAGCUACAGUCGCCCGUCCAGUAUCAUCAGUGACGACAGCGUCCUGUCCAGCGACUCUUUCGACUUGUUAGAUCUCCAGGAGAAUCGGCCGGCCCGCCAGCGCAUCCGCAGCUGCGUCUCUGCGGAAAACUUCCUCCAGCUUCAGGACUUUGAGACUCCCCACAACCGGCCCCGGCCCCAGUACCUGAAGCGGUACCGGAACCGGCUGGCAGACAGUAGCUUCUCCCUUCUUGCUGAUAUGGACGACGUGACUCAGGUGUAUAAGAAGGCUCUGGAGAUCUGCAGCAAGCUCAACUAGCCCUCCGAGGCUGGGCUGGGUGGGUGGGAGAGCCCAAGGGACGAGGGGAACAGAACUCAGCCUGCAGGCUGGUUACCUCUUUGCUGGUCAUGGCAACCGACUGGGAAAAGACUAGUAACGUCUGGCCCCCGGCCAGCUUUCGCAGCCUUGAGUCAGCACCUAAAGGGGACGGAAACUGUUCUUUACCAGUUCUGCCAGCCGCCAGUCAGAACAUGGGUCCUAACUGGCAUUCCCAUAUGGCAUCUCACAGGGAAGGUGGUUGUUGGCCAGCCUGAAACGGGAAGGGGCAUUAUGGGUAAGGGGGGCGGGUUUCCUAGAAGUCAUCUAGGUGUUUCUGGAGGAGGGCAAGAAAGACUGAGACCAUCUGCCUUGGGUGAAUAGGUUAGCGAGCCUGGUCUGGCUAUGUAGGGGCUAGCAAGAUGCCAGCGACCUGAGUGUGAAUUGGGGAUCAACUGGUAAUGUCCGCACUGCGGUCUGAAUUUAGUGGACCAGGCACACCAGGGAGCAGUGAUCGAGUACCAGUAACUGCCAGGGGAUCAGGAAUGGGGGCAACAGCAUGACCUGCCAUUGCUAGGACCUGGGACUUAGGUGAAAGCACCCUGUUUAAAAGAAAAAAGGCUAACUCUUUCCUGGCACAGCAUGACAUGUUAAUUUGCUCCUGGACUUUGAGUAGAAAGCAAAUGCAUUGAACUCUGAUAGGGGAAUAGUCUGGUGGCGGUUAACUUUCUGUUUUCCCGGGAGCUGCCUCUUCUCCUCCUCUUUCUUGCCUUCUUCUUUGGUGGGACCUUCUGAAGGUGAGCAGGAAGAUACUUGGCAGUGUGAGAGGCCAGGGCUUGGUGCAUGACAGGGCAAAAGAGCUGCUGGGGUCUUUGCACAGUUGAAUGGACCGCGAGGCAGGCCGGCAAGGGGUGACGUCGCUUUCUUAGAUGUCUCAGUAUUAACUGGAACCCUGCCUCUUGGCUUCUCACCUACACAAAUGAUUUAGUUGGACGUGGUUCUAUUCAGUCUCCAAGACAUCCCUGACUCAGCUGUAGGCCCCAUUCACCCACAAGUGUGGAGCCUUAACCAUUGACGAGUUGCCUCUGGGGAGCUGGUGUGUAGGUGAAGUACGUGGCUGAGGAAAAGUCUGGUUUGACAGAAGGUCUAGUCUCCUCAGGCUAGUUCUGUCUCGUGGUUUUGAUCGUCCUCAUUUUGGGAGAGAAAACAAGUUCCGUCCAUCCAUCCAUCCAUGGAAUAAGAGUUGAAAGAGCAGAGUGUUGUGGGGAGGCUUGGGGACGCUUCCUCGGGAACCAUCCAGAUGGCUCUGGAGGAGGCAGAAAGGAGGUGUGUGGGGGCGGCAGGAUGCUUAAAAAUGUUCCAGCUAGUUAUCUAAUCUCCGAAUACUAAGGUUACAGGUGACAUCAUCCCCAUGGAGGGGACCCUGGGGACGCUGGGGGUGGGGCGGGGUGGUUGAAAUGGUCUUUCUGGGCUGACCGCGGAAUCCACUGGCUCAGUCAAAUUGGAAUCCUCCUUCUAAGGUGGCUGCCUUCUGAGAGCCUCUCAGAAAAGGGGUGGGGGAGGAUGCACCUUGGGAAAACCGAAAUAUGUCACAGCACUGAGGACAGUUGUCAGGGAGAUGUUGCUCUCUCCAAGGGAGGAAGCUGUUCCGCAUCUCUGGGUUUGGGCCUGCGCUUUCCUUUGGGCUGAGCUGAGCAGGAUGUGGUGGGAUGCCCUUCGAUUCCUUUCCUUUGGUUUCACCUCCUACCUGAACUCUGGCAGGGGCUGAAAGGGAGAAAAAUCUACAGGUGGAGAAUUGGCCUUGGUAGCGUUGGCUGUAGACUGCAGCCUCCGAAUCCUCCGCCUCCCUGCCUCCUUUUGUGAACAGCCCCUGCUGCUACACUGCUGGCCCCUGAGCAGGCAGCUGGUCUCAGGUAUACCAGCCAUUACUGGCUAAUCGGAUUUUCCCCCUUGGCCAGCUGAUAGUGCUGUUUAGUAUUUCCCCACUGUUCAGAUGACUUCGUUAGGAAAACCACCCCCUUCCGCUUUCUCUCCUUCUCGAUCACCGGGGUCACCCGUGUGUUCUCUUUUGGUGGAACUCUCAAAGACAAGGGAUUGGGAAAGGAGAACCAAAUGUUUCACAGCCAGAAGAGAGGCUCUGGUUGUCCUCCGUUCCAGGGCUGACACUGAGUCGAGUCCAGGUCUGCCUUGAUCUGGAGGUCUCAGGUGCUUGCAGUGGCUGUGAGAGCUGCUUCCCACAUGUAGAGGCUGGAGACGUGGCCGAGUGGUUUCUUAAGGGCCCUGCUCAGUUCUGACCCCUGCGUCUAGCUGAGAUGCUGACUGUCCCUGCAGGGAAAGAGUUAGAAUGGAGAAUAAAGCCCUACAGAAGCAGUUUCCCAAUGAAGCCCUGUUGCCCCUGUCAGCUAAUCCUCAGCCAAAGAAGGGAUGCUUGACUCAAUUUCCAUGGAGUCACCAGUGAGAGACACGGAUGACCCCAUGGGCAGAGUGGGAGAGUCUCCGUGAGCUCUCCUGGGCCUUCGUUUGCUUCUGGGGCCCUUUCAUUGUCUUCGUUUACACGUCUGCCAAAGGGGGUGGAACCGUACUUCGUUUUACAGGUAAAUUUCAAGGCACAAUCAGUUUUUAAGAAAGUGCUUCAAGACCCUAGGCAACAUGACAGUUCUCAGUUCCCUCUGAAUUUUAGUCUCUGUUACAGGGCGCUCUUUAUCAGAUGAGCACGCUGCAGGAUGAAAUUCAGGCGCCUCAUGCCCAGGCCUGCUGUCUUGAGUACAAAUGUGAAUGGUGGACUGACUGCUUGUUGCCAAACUGGAAAUGUUCUGUAGGGGUUUACUGGCAUGGUAUCAUUCCUAGGAAGAAGAAGAGGGAAAAAAAAGAGGAAAAAGGAAAAAAAAAGAAAAGAAAAAAAGAAAAAGGGGCAGGAGAGCGAGAGAAACUUGACUGCACAUUUUUUUUUUUAAAUCCAUGUUGUGACUUUUAUUUAAUUUCUAUAUUUUUUUUGGUAAUAAAAAGUUGACUUUUUAAUUUGAAUUUGUCUUUUUUAUUUAUUGGUCUGAAAGGCAUUUCAAAGGUAUUAUAAUAAUAUAUUGGUGUAAUUUUAUUGGUGCAGCAUGCCUUAUGGGCUCCAGUCAAAUUGAUUGGUCUGAGAACAGCCUACAGGAGAGGAAGAGAAAAGCUGGCUAAUUACCCAAAGUGUUAAUUUUUCAUUGGAAAAUGAUUUUUUUGUCAUUUUUGUUUCUGUUUUUAUUUUAAAUUAAAUAAAUUGCGAUGAACUUAACUGGG